AUCUCAUCAUUAUAGCCAAUCAAAUGCAAAAAGUGUGGGCAUUCUGACGCAUUUGCUGCUUGAGGUGGCAGAGCGGCAUUGGAAGGUACGCGCGGGUCGCGACACGUCAUGCACAAGUGCGGCAACGUUGCCGUGCUGGGGCGCUGCGGUAUCUAAACAUGUUGGACGCUAGGUCUACCCCGAUUGCCGUGUGGCAUUUCGUUGACGCCGACCAGCGCAUGAGCGCUGCGACGUCUGGUGUAGCAACCGUUGAGUUGGUGCACGGCGGCGCUGCUCUGGUUGCUACAGGGCCAGGUCAAAUCCUUGAUCCGUCCGGGGUCGCACAUCUCUUGUAUGGAGCAGAUAUCGACCGAACGAAGUGUUUCCACUUGGCCGAGCCAUCGACGUUCUCCCCGCGCAACCAAACUGCUUCAAAGGACGCUCGAACACAGGGCACGUGGCUGCUGCUCCAUACAUGAGCUUGCAUCAUCUCGCACAUGCAUCCUGCGCCACUAGCAAUCCUGUUGACAGGUCGGCGAGGGGAACGGUCGCGUUUUGUUCAAAGCGGUAUUCGAUUGUCUUUGACACCUCGUGGAAGUGAACAAUGGGGAUGAUGGGUCGGUUGAGGCCGACCCCUCCGAUACCCCCAAUGAAGCGUCCACCGCGCUGUUUGCCCGCAAGCGUCCACGAAGGCGGCGAUCGAUCGCUGUGCGCCGCAAACAAACACGGGCGGCUCGCAGGCCUGUCGGACUUCUUGUCAAGCUGCACCUGCGAUCGCGUUCUACUUUAUACCCAUAAAAAGACGCGUUUAAUCGACGGCAACAACUUUCCACCGUGUGACUCACGACGACGUCGGGCGGGACAGAGCCGCCAUCCGGCUGGCAACCCGCUUCCGCGAACACUUCCACAUUAAGGCCAACAGCACGCAUGACAGAGCCUGCCGUGGGGUUCGUGGACACCAAGACCGAACGCGCCGCCGCAGUACGCAAAGAGUCCGUAUGGGUCGACGACCAUCACAACUCGCCCAUCCUGUCGCCGGGCCGGAACAAGUCGAUUCAGAAGCGACGAGUAUGCAUGUUUGCGACCGUCGCGAUCAUCAUCAUCGCCGGCGCGACAACGGCAAUCCUCAUGUUCCGUUUGAAAUCCAAGGGAAUGAACCUCAUGGCGAACGAAGCGAUCUUGAAAGUCCCUGUGUUCAAGUACGCGUGCGCGAAGGACCAGUGCGUGUACCAGAACCUGACAAAGGACGAGGUCCUGUCUGGUGUGCCUACGACGGGCCCCGGGAUCAUGAGUCUCCGCGUGUGCGAGAUGACGUGCGGCAACGGCAGUAUGCUGCCGCUGCCCCAGUCGCUCACGAUCGCGAGCCCUCCGGGGGACACGGUCGCCGUCAACGUCGCGUCGUUCUCGCACCACGUGACCGGUGCCGCGGACAGCACACUCGUCCAGGACAUGCAGGCUGCGUUUGACGAGCACAUGGCGACCAAGAUGAAGCUGGCGAUGGGCGGCGUCGCCGACCAAGGCGACAGCGUCAAGGUAGUGGCGACGAUCGCGUCGUCGAGCGUCGCGUUGACGCUGGACACGGACGAGUCGUACGAGCUGUCGAUUGCGUCGACCAGCGUCACGAUCUCGGCCAAGACUGUGUUCGGGUACCGCCACGCGCUGGCAAGCUUGGUGCAGCUCGUGGACUGGUGCGACAUCACGCGCAGCCACCGGAUGGUGCGGACGGUCAAGGUGGUGGACAAGCCGGCGUACAAGUUCCGCGGCGUGAUGCUGGACACGGCGCGCAACUUUCACUCGAUGGCAGCGAUCAAGCGGCUGGUGCGGACGAUGGGGAUGCACAAGCUCAAUAGGUUUCAUUGGCACAUCACAGACUCGUCGUCGUUUCCGAUCGAGAUCAAGUUCGAGCCCAAGUUCAACUUGUACGGCAACUACCAGAGCGACAUGGCGUACAGCCAGGCGAACGUGAAGGAGAUUGUCGCGUUCGCCAGGGUGCAUGGGGUCCAGGUGAUCCCAGAGGUCGACGCACCGGCCCACGCGGGUGCUGGGUGGCAGUGGGGGCCCGACUACGACGUGGGGGAGCUCACGCUGUGCUGGGCCAACAACCCGCUCGACAACCACGAGUGCUUCGAAGCGCCGUGCGGCCAGCUGAACCCGAUGAACGAAAACGUGUACGAUCUCCUGGACAAGAUGUGGAUCGAACUGGCCGGGCUCUUCGACUCGGACGUGCUGCACAUGGGCGGCGACGAAGUGUUUACCAAGUGCUGGAAGCGGUCGCCGGUGGUGGCCGACGCCGUCCCGAACAGGACGGACGACGCAGGGUACUUUGACAUUUGGGCCAAGUUUCAAGACCGCGUCCAGAACAACCUGUGGAAGCACUCGCCGUCGCGCAAAGUGAUGCUGUGGUCGAGCGACUUGACCUCCAACACGUACUUCAAGUACUUGCCCAAAGACAAGAUCAUCGUGCACAGCUGGGCGGGCGUGCAGUACGGCAACGAGCCGCGCGACUUGGUCGACCACGGGUACUCGUACGUGGCGUCGUUCCAGGAUCGCCAUUACCUCGACUGCGGCCACAACGGGAUCGACCGCAAGGACAACGGGUGGUGCGCGCCGUACAAGACAUGGCAAGUCAUUUACGAGCAAGUGCUGAACCCGAACAUCACGGACGCGCAGAUGCCAUUGGCGCUGGGGGGCGAACUCGGUCUGUGGACGGAAGUGUCGGGGGAGGCGUCGAUGGACGUACGUGUCUGGCCGCGCGCGGCUGCGUUUGCCGAGCGCGCGUGGACGAACCCGACGACGCGGUGGGACAAGGCAGUGGCGCGCAUGACGAUCGCCACGUACCGCGUGAUCGAGAGCGGGUCCGCGUCCGACUUGAUCCAGCCGCAUUGGUGUCGCCAACGCCCGGGCGAGUGUCCCCUCAUCGUGUGGCCGCAAUAGAUGUCGCGUGAUGUAACAUACUCCAAUCGGAAAAAGUUUUCAAGUCGAGUCUGUUCGUGCUGGUCGGCCUCUUGUCCGAAGCCCUGUGUGUUUGUUCAUGGACCGAGAGCGAUGUGCACGUCGAAGGUGGCGUUCCUGCAGUGGGCCAGGGCCGCCCCAACCAUUC